CAGUCAGGCGGGUACCUGUUGGUGGCGCGGUGGGGCAGUGCUGAGGAUGGCGUGGUUAUAAGGAUUAUAUUGCAGCUGCAGUAGACACUUGGUGUACCGCGGAGCCGGAUAGUGCACACUGAGCAUCCCUGUCAUCAUUAGGACCACGUACAGCUUGACCACCAUGCCUGGAUCCCUUCCUGCCUCCGCCGAAGCCUCCUGGCCUAAGGAUGUCGGUAUUGUUGCCUUGGAGAUUUACUUCCCAGCUCAGUAUGUUGAUCAGGAGGAGCUGGAGAAGUUCGAUGGGGUCGGCGCUGGAAAGUACACCAUCGGUUUGGGCCAGUCCAAGAUGGGCUUCUGCUCAGACAGAGAAGACAUCAACUCGCUGUGUCUCACUGCGGUCCAGAAGCUGAUGGAGAGGAACACCCUUUCAUAUGACUGCAUUGGAAGAUUGGAAGUGGGAACAGAGACCAUUAUUGACAAGUCCAAGUCCGUCAAAACUGUCCUCAUGCAGCUGUUUGAAGAGUCUGGAAAUACAGACGUAGAAGGCAUAGACACGACGAACGCAUGCUACGGAGGCACUGCUGCCCUCUUCAAUGCCGUCAACUGGGUGGAGUCAAGUUCCUGGGACGGACGCUACGCCUUGGUGGUCGCUGGGGACAUCGCUGUUUACGCCACAGGAAGUGCCAGGCCAACUGGAGGAGCCGGAGCUGUUGCCAUGCUUGUGGGUCCAAAUGCCACUCUCGUUUUAGAAAGAGGCCUACGUGGAACACACAUGCAGCAUGCCUACGACUUCUACAAGCCUGACAUGGUGUCAGAGUAUCCUGUCGUGGAUGGGAAAUUAUCCAUCGAGUGCUACCUGAGUGCGCUGGACCGCUGCUAUUCCACCUACCGCAGGAAGAUCAAAGCACAGGAGCAGAAAGAGGAGACCGACAAACCUUUCACCCUGGAAGAUUUUGGCUUCAUGAUCUUUCACUCUCCAUACUGCAAGCUGGUCCAGAAGUCUCUUGCACGCUUGUUGCUCAAUGAUUUCAUUAGUGAUUCCAACCCAGACACGCAGAGCGGCACUUAUACAGACUUGGACUCCUUCCGGGAUGUAAAGCUGGAGGACACAUACUUUGACAGAGAUGUGGAAAAGGCUUUUCUGAAGGCCAGCUCAGAGCUGUUCAAUCAGAAGACAAAGGCAUCGCUGCUGGUAUCUCGGGAGAACGGGAACAUGUACACACCUUCUGUGUAUGGCUGCCUGGCCUCCGUGAUCGCUCAAUAUUCUCCCCAAGAGCUGGCCGGACAGAGGAUUGGAGUCUUCUCAUAUGGCUCUGGCUUUGCUGCUACAUUGUACUCUAUAAGAGUUACUCAAGAUGCCACGCCUGGCUCCUCUCUGGACAGACUGACAUCCAGCCUGUCGGAUCUGAAAGCAAGACUGGACUCGAGGAGGAAUGUCUCCCCCAACAUGUUUGCUGACAACAUGAAGCUAAGGGAAGAGACUCACCAUUUAGCAAAUUACAUACCUCAGGGCUCGGUGGAUGACCUGUUUGCAGGUACAUGGUACUUGGUGCGGGUGGACGAGAAGCACAGGAGGUAUUAUGCACGUACCUCUAUACUGAACGACGGACCCCUGGAAGCAGCACUGGAAUCUGUCCAUUCAACCAGUGCUAGCGAGCACUUCCCAAGUCCUGCUAAGAAAGUGCCAAGAAUCCCCACAACGGUGGAAACUGAGGCCAUCUCUGUGAGCAACGGAGAACAUUGACCUGAACUCCUGCCGGAUCCACGCAUUUCAUCCUCGCUGACAGCCAGCACCUUUUCCAGUCGGAAAUGAUAUCGGUUAUAGAGGGGCUAUUAAUAGCUAUUGUAAAUACUAAGAGCUUAAAGCUCGCCUGUCUGCAAAAUAUUUUAUACCGUCUAAGGAAGGGGAAUGGAUUAGAUGCUUAACGUGUUUAGUUUCUUUUUUCGUUUAGCGCAUGGUCGGGCUUAUUUUGUAAUUCAGUGCAAAAG